AUGUUAUUCGGUCGCUCGCCAGGGCUUUCAUUCUCGAUAUUCUCUCUAUUAAUACUGUCUGCUACUGCGUAUGAAGUGCCGGUGUCCGAUACUGACUAUGACCGGCAAAUAUGCUCAGGAAUGUGGGCGGACCAGAAAACAUACAUCAAUGUCACAUUCGAUAGCUCGUCCCAAGGCCAGUUGGCGAUGGUCAUCUACGAGUGGGGGGAUAUGGAGUACCUCGGGAAGGUCACAUCCACCGUAAAUGACAUGCCUCAGAAGACGUAUGUGUGUACUUCUGACGCGGUGAGGGGCGGAUACUGCGACAACUCGCAACUCGGCCGAUUCAUCAUCGACCUUCCAGAAGGGAAGUCUGUGAACGACACCAGUUUCUGGUCGGCAAGGGUGAGCUUCUCACGAAGCGACUCAACGUCCCCCUCUUCCGAUACCACCACCAAUGGAUUUUGGGAUAAUCCUGAGGGCAAUCCUACCCCUCCGGAGAGCAAUAACACCAGUCCGUGGCGCAGAGACGAAGCGCUGAACCCGAGCCCCUCUGGUAUCCUGACGUACGAGCUGCCUAUUCAGUACAAAAUGCGCAAGACAGGUUAUUACUGCGUUGCGAUCGUGCCUGUAACUGUCCUGCAAAAUACCGCUCGCCAAGAUUCCACGGACGUUCCUUACCAUCCCACUUAUUCCGGUACUGUAUUCUUCAGAAACACCUUUGAUGGCAAGCUCCCUGCUACAGAUUAUCCGAAAGUCAACUUCUAUUUCGCAAUGUUCUUGGUAUACUCCAUCGUGGCCUGUGGCUGGGGUUGGCUGUGCUACAGGAACUUGCAGGACCUCCUUCCCAUUCAGUACUACUUAUCAAGUUUGUUGGGUUUCCUCAUCAUUGAGAUGGUCGCAAACUGGGCGUAUUAUCGAUAUUUGAAUGCGCAUGGCAGAGGCGCACCUUCAACUGUAUUCUUAAUCGUCGUCGCGAUUUUGGAUGCCGGGCGUAAUGCGCUUUCGUUCUUCCUGCUCCUGGUUGUGUCGUUAGGAUUGAGCGUCGUCCGUGAAUCUCUCGGCAAGACCAUGUUGAAAUGUCAGGCACUUGCUGUGGCUCAUUUCCUGUUCGGAGUUCUAUACGCGGUCGGCAUCGUUGAGCUUGAACUAGAGUCGACUUCGGCCUUAGUCCUCCUUGUCUUCGUGGUACCGUUAGCUUUCACUCUUAGCGGCUUCCUACUCUGGAUCUUGUACGCUUUGAACACCACGAUCUCGCAACUGGCAUCUCGCAAGCAACAUUACAAACUUUCAAUGUUCAGAUGGCUGCACCGCAUCUUGCUCAUGACUGUAUUGGUCAUCGCAAUCUUCUUUGUUGUGUCCUCUCUCACAUUUUCCGGACGCCUUGCGGAAGACUACGGUGCUAAGUCGUGGAAAGUACAAUGGUGGUUGCUUGACGGCUGGUUGGCAUUGCUUUAUCUUGUCGACUUCGUUGUGCUUAUUUCAUUUACAUCCACGCUAGCUAUGUUCGAUGAAUUGGCGCAAGACCCUGGAGAUGCGGAGGACUACGACCUGGAGGCCAUGGAGCGACAUGACGAUCUCAGAGCAAAUGUGGAUGCUGAUGAUGAUACGGCUACCCUGGUCGGGAACCGCGGCAACGGCUCGCUUCACGAAGAUGCUGUGGUGUUCGACAUCGGAGACGAAGAAGGCGACGAGGAGGAGUCAAUAAAUGCAAAAAAGCGACGGUCAGAAACCGAGCAGCAUGAAGGGGAAGCUCAUGAGCGGGAGGGAUUGAUGAAGGACGAGUAA